AUGAAGUUUUCAAAUAUAUUAUUUUGUUUGUUUGUACUUUGUACAUUCUCACAAUAUUGCAAUGCUGUAAUUAAUUGGAGUCAGAAGGGUAUGACCUAUACUAAUGAUAAAUAUUGCCCAUUUGUAAGAUACAAUGAUUCAAAAUCAGACUUGUCACUAUAUAAUUUAAGAUCAUCAGGUGCCAAUUGGGUAUCAAUUGUAGUAACAAAUUUCCAAGACACUCAAAAUACAACAGCUAUUUAUCCAGUUCCAGGUAUUACUGCAACAGAUGAAGAGUUGGAACAUGCCAUUAACUAUGCUCACAAGAUUGGAUUGAAUGUUAUGUUAAAGCCACACAUUGAUUUCAUGAAGGAUCCAGCUCACUGGAGAGGUGAGAUCGGUGUCUACUACACAGAGCAACAAUGGGCAGAGUGGUUCGCCAACUACACUCCCAGUCUUGUUCACUAUGCAGAGAUGGCAGAGAAUCUCAAGGUCGAACAAUUCUCGUUGGGUUGUGAGUUGAUUGCUACUAGCUGGCGUGAUGCCCAAUGGCGUCAAGUUGCCAAAUCUGUACGUGAUGUUUACAGUGGUGUUUUAACUUACGCAGCCAACCACGGUGGUGAAGAGACCAACAAGACAUGGUGGGAUGUUGUCGAUAUUAUCGGUGUCGACGCUUACUAUCCACUCUGUCCAGAGACCCACAACGCUACUCUUGCCGACAUGGUAAACUACUGGAACGUCAUUAUGUACCAAGGAGUGAACAAUGGUGAGGAACAAAUGACAUCCAGUCUUCACAAUCUCACAGUAUUCUGGAAUAAACCAAUGAUUUUCACUGAACUCGGUUAUUGCUCUGGAAAUUGUACCACCGGACCAGAAGUGGAUCUAGGUAUACAGGACAUACAAUUCCAAUCGGUUUUCGAAGCAUUCGCCAAUGUUCCAUGGUUCGAAGGUGUUCACUGGUGGAAUUGGGUAACUGAUCCAGCAUUCGGUGGUGAAGACAAUUGGUGUAUGACACCACAAUUCAAACCAACAGAAGUAUUAUUACAUGAGCAAUACGGUAGUCUUUACCCUCCAAUACGUCCAAAUUACCCAGCGGUUUGUCCAUUUAAUGGGUCGAUAAUGAAGUUAUAUUGGUUGUUUAGUUACUGUAAGAUAAAGAUAGGUUAUAAAAAUCAAUGUAAAUUUACAUUUCAAAUUGUAGUGAUAUUACUCUAA